UAUUUUGCAUUCUAUGAACCUAACCUAUAUUAUUUAUUUUUUUAAGAAUAAAAAUGUUAGAUUUUGGAAAUGAAAUUUUUAUGGAUUUCUGAAAGGAUAACAGUUAGUGUUUUACCUAUACGGCACUACUCGUCAAAACCACCAUGGAAUGUUCUAUUUUUUGGAACAGAUCAAUUCUCUUUAUAUACUUUAAAAUUACUUAAUAGAUACCAUUCGAAGUCUGAAUUAAUUAAUAAACUAGAUGUACUAACUAGUUUGAAAAAAAAUGCCAAUGUUGUUCAUAAAUAUGCAGAAAAACAUAAUCUUCCUCUCUAUGACUGGCCACAUAUUCCUGGGGAUAGGACUUAUGAUGUAGGAUUGGUAGUCUCUUUUGGUUACUUGAUACCCGAAGCUAUUAUUGCAAAGUUCCAAUAUGGCAUCCUCAAUGUCCAUGCAAGUAUUUUACCUAAAUGGAGAGGAGCAGCACCUAUAAUACAUGCCAUUGCACAUGGAGACAAAGAAUCAGGUAUUACAGUAAUGAGAAUUAAGCCACACCAUUUUGAUGUAGGGGAAAUUUUGUUGCAAGAGAAAGUUCCUAUAGGAGACAAUACUGAGAUGCCUGAAUUACAUCAGUGUCUAGGAGAAUUAGGAGCUAAAUCUUUAAUGAAAACAUUAGAAGACUUACCUAAUUAUAUACAAAGUGCUGUACCUCAAUCUAAUGAUAAUGUAUCAUAUGUUUCUCAAUAUUAUCUCAUGGCUAGGGGUCACAAAGUUUCCUGGCGCCGUCACGAAUCGAAUGUAAAAAUAAUUAUUAAGAUCCGUCUUGUUGUUGUUUUUUUUUUCGGAGCCCCAAAAAUUACACCAGAAUUUAUAAAUAUACGUUGGAACCAGAUGACAUCUACUCAAGUUUAUAAUUUAUACAGAGCUUUAAAAGGAUACUCACCUGUAAUGUCUACCUGGCAAGGAAUACCAACAAAGCUCUCAGAAAUCAAGAUUUGCACUGAUGUUAAUGCCAGUGAAAUAGAAUUUGGCCCUGGCUUUGUUAAAUAUGACAAACGGACUAAGGUUUUAAAAGUGUUAUGUGCUGAUAUGACGUUAGUCAGUGUUAGUAGUAUUAGUGUUUAUGGUAAGAGAGUUAUGAACGCCACUGAUUUUAAUAAUGGGUUUUUAAAAAAAACUGUUAUAGACUUGAGAUAUUUUAAAUAAAUACUUUGUUAUGUUUA